CUUUUACCCAAGUGAAAACACUUCUACCUUGCAUCAUGGAUAAGAUCAGAGCUCCAGCUGUAUUCUCCCAGAGGAAGAGACAGAAAGGGAUACAUACCCCAAAUCUUACUUGCAGUUAUGAAAUAAAGUUCAAUGAGUUUGUCAUUUUUAUUAUUCAGAGGAAGAUGGGUAGGACCAGAAGGAUAUUUUUGAUGGAGCUGGCAAGAAGAAAAGGCUUCAGAGUAGAAAGUGAGCUAAGUGACUCUGUCACUCAUAUUGUGGCCGAGAACAACUCCUACCCAGAGGUGAUGGACUGGCUGAGAGGACAGGGUGUGGACGAUAGCUCCAGGUUUGAACUACUGGAUAUCUCCUGGUUUACAGCCUGCAUGGAAGCGGGAAGACCAGUUGAUUCAGAAGUGAAAUAUCGUCUCAUGGAACAAGGCUAUUCUCCUCCUUUGAAUAUGCCUGAAUCAGAAGCACUGCCAUUUAUUGCAAGCAAAGUAUCUCAGUAUUCGUGUCAAAGGAAGACAACUUUAAAUAACUGCAACAAGAAGUUCACGGAUGCCUUUGAGAUAAUGGCUGAAAAUUACGAGUUCAAAGAAAAUGAAAUAUUCUGUCUGGAAUUUCUGAGGGCAGCUUCUGUGCUGAAAUGUCUUCCAUUUCCAGUAAUCAGAAUGAAAGAUAUACAAGGGUUGCCCUGCAUGGGAGACAGAGUCAGAGAUGUCAUUGAGGAAAUUAUUGAAGAAGGAGAGAGUUCUAGAGCUAAAGAAGUGUUAAAUGAUGAACGAUACAAGUCAUUUAAGCAGUUUACUUCAGUCUUUGGAGUGGGAGUGAAGACAUCUGAGAAAUGGUACAGAAUGGGGUUGCGAACUCUGGAAGAGGUAAAAGCUGACAAGACCCUGAAGCUGUCAAAAAUGCAGAAAGCAGGGUUUCUCUACUAUGAGGACCUUGUUAGCUGUGUAUCUAAGGCAGAAGCAGAUGCAGUAAGCUUGAUUGUCAGGAACACUGUGUGUACGUUUCUACCAGAUGCUUUAGUCACUAUAACUGGUGGUUUCAGGAGGGGUAAGAAGACUGGACAUGAUAUAGAUUUUUUGAUCACCAAUCCAGGACCAAGAGAAGAUGAUGAACUUCUGCAUAAAGUUGUUGGCUUAUGGAAAAAACAGGGCUUACUCCUAUAUUGUGAUAUCAUCGAAUCAACAUUUCUAAAGGAACAGAUACCAAGCAGAAAAGUUGAUGCUAUGGAUAAUUUUCAGAAGUGUUUUGCCAUUUUAAAAUUGUGUCAGCCAAGAGUAGACAACAGCAGUUACAACACAUCAAAAAAUAUCGAUAUGGCAGAAGUCAAAGACUGGAAGGCAAUCCGUGUGGAUCUGAUCAUAGCCCCUUUUGAGCAAUAUGCAUAUGCUCUGUUAGGCUGGACAGGCUCCAGGCAAUUUGGACGUGAUUUGCGGAGGUAUGCUACUCAUGAAAAGAAGAUGAUAUUGGAUAACCAUGCCUUAUAUGACAGGAAAAAGAGGAUCUUUCUCAAAGCUGGAAGUGAGGAAGAAAUCUUUGCUCAUCUUGGUUUGGAUUAUGUUGAGCCAUGGGAAAGGAAUGCUUAAAAUGAUUUGCCAGUAUACAUUAACGAAUUGACAGCAAUGGUCUUUCUACAUACCCAGAGUCUUGUUUAGAUAUAUA